AUGUUAAAAAAUCUAAGCAGAAUUUACAUUUUGAUUUCUCCUUGUAGAUCUCAGAAGGGUAAGGACACAGAACAGUAUUUAAGCUUCAAAGUCACUUUUUCCGAAGUGGAAUAUAAAUUAGUUAACUUCUAUUCCUUACUUACUAAUCACUCCAUCACCCGCUCUCUCCAGUUCCGCAUGAAUUUCUUCAAAUCCGUUUUCCUUGACGACCCGGAUCCUCCUCGACCCGGAUCCGGAUCCAACAAUGAGCCGCGACACCAUGACCCGGAUCCUGAAUCCGCCCCCCGAUCGAGCACCACCAAUCCCGGCGGCGGCGACGGUUGGAAUUUCGGCGGUCUCAUGAAAACCCUAUCAUCCAAAUCGGAAUCCAUAAUCGAGACCUAUCGACGCGAUCUGCAGGAAUUCAGCACCGGUUUGAAGAAGGAGAUUGAGGUGGCGCAGGGCUCUUUCGGGACCGUGGGUCACGCCAUUGACGAGUUCGGAAACAACGUCGUGAAAGGAACGGCUCAGAUCAUAUCUCAAGGUAAGGACGCCAUCCUCGCAGUCGAUCUCGAUUCUGAUUCUGAUAAUAAUAGCGCCAAUAGGAAGAGCUUGGAUUCGAUGCGGUAUAGUAGGUUCGACGCUCAGAUUUGUGCGAUUCAGGGCGACGUUAGUACUUACACGGAGGAGCCCGAGGGUUUGAGUGAGUUCAAUGAAUGGAAAUUAGGGUUUUCGUUGGAGGCGAAGAGUGAGGAAAUGGAGGGGCUUUUUAGAGAGAAUGAUGCUAUGGAGAGUGUUUACAAAGGUGUUGUUCCCAGCAGUGUGGAUCACGAAACUUUCUGGUAUAGGUAUUAUUAUAAGGUUUAUAAGCUCAAGAGAGCUGAAGAUGUUAGGGCUAGGCUUGUGAGUGGGAUUUCUGGGGAAGAUGAGGAUUUGAGUUGGGAAGUUGAAGAUGACGAUGAGGAGGAGGAUAGAGGUGAUGCUAAACCUGUGGUUAUGAAUAAAGAGGCUGGUGGGGACAAUGUGGACACCCAGCUACGUGUUGUUGGCUAUGAAGGGAGAACGAAGAAAUUGGAUGUGGAAGAAGAGUCUAAAGGAGAAAAGAAAGACAAUUUAUUGCAAAGUGAGGAAGUUAGCAACAAGAUGGAUAAGUCUUUUGGGGAACCACAUAUUGAGAAAUCUGAAAUUGUUGGUGAUAUGGGUGGUGUUGAUGAGGCAUCAAAAGCGGAUGUUGGUUUGAGCAAGAAUGAUUCUGCAGCUGAAGCUGAUGAGAAGGUGGAGAAGAAAAGGGAGGGUGGUGAUGAGAAAUCUUCCGGUAAAAGUAACGAGUCCUCAGUGGUUGAAAUUAAGCACUCAGCAAAUGAGGAAGGGGACGACGAGGACCUUGGGUGGGAUGAUAUUGAGGAUCUUAGUAGUAUUGAUUUGAAGAAAACAACGCAUAGUGGUGGCACAGGCAAAGUUGAUUUGCGGAAGCCAUUUAGUGCUGCGGAAGAAGAGGAAGACUUAAGUUGGGACACUGAAGAAGAUGAUGAGCCUGCUAAGGCUUGA